AUGUCUCAAAAAGGUGUUGCUGUUCUGACAUUUUUAGCAUCAGUCGCACUGACCAUCACAACAUGCCGUGGCAAUCUCUUUGGAAACGGAUUUUGGGCUGAAUCUAAUGAUUGGUCAGCCGUUAAUGCCUUUGGUGAUGACACUGCCAGUGAUUUUGGUGAUGGCAUAGCCGGUGGUUUUGGAGGUCAUUCUGCCGAUGGUUUUGGUGGUCACACUGCCGAUGGUUUCGGUGAUGGCACCGCAGAUGGUCGUGGUGAAGGCACCGGCGAUGGUCGUGGGGAUGGCACCGGCGAUGGUCGUGGGGAUGGCACUGGCGAUGGUCAUGGUGAUGGCACCGGCGAUGGUCAAGGUGAAGGCAAGGGCGAUGGGCAUGGUGAAGGCACCGGCGAUGGUCGUGGGGAUGGCACCGGCGAUGGUCGUGGGGAUGGCACUGGCGAUGGUCAUGGUGAUGGCACCGGCGAUGGUCAAGGUGAAGGCAAGGGCGAUGGGCAUGGUGAAGGCACCGGCGAUGGUCGUGGGGAUGGCACCAGUGAUGGUCGUGGUGAAGGCACUGGUGAUGGUCGUGGUGAAGGCAGUGCCGAUGGUCGUGGUGAUGGUACAGUCGGUGGCUUUGGAGGUGACUCUUCCGAUUACUUUAAAGGUAUAUUUGGUGAUAAAAAUGCUGGUGACUUUGGAGACGGUUGGCAAGCCAUAACAAGUGAUGACUUAUCCCUUGGGGGAAAACAGGACAUAAAACAUGGACCUGACAUAGUCGCAGAGGAAAAAGUUGACCAGAACCCUUUCCACAUUAGUGCCUUAUUUCAAUUAAAAUUAUCAAAAGGGUUAAAUUUCUGUGGGUUCAGAAAAGGACAGAAGCGAGUGUUACCAAAUCCAGAUCAACGUCGUCUGUUGACAAAGUCAGCUAAAGGAAACUUCAAUUAUAACGAUUUUAUUUUCAACACUCCAUCAAGAGGGAAAAGAUCCGACUCAAAAAUGACAAGAAUAAAAAGCAAACGCAGCGGAAGACCUCACGAUCCACAUGCUGAAUGCGAGUUCCUGGAUACAAUCGAAUGCGAUGCUAGGUCUAAAUUUAGAACUAUUGAUGGUAGCUGCAAUAAUCUUGAACACCCACUCUGGGGAAUGGCUGAAACUCCUUUAGUAAGAUUUAUGCCAUCUGCCUAUGAAGAUGGUAGAGGAGCACCUCGAAGUCGAGGUAAAUCUGGGAGACUAUUGCCGAAGCCAAGGGAAAUAAGACUAAAAAUCCACGAGAAAAGUCUCCCUAAGCAUCAGCUGGAAAAUAUCAAUCAUUUUGGAAUGUCGUUUGGACAGUUCCUUAGUCAUGACAUGUUAGAAAAUAUAAAAUCAGAAACACCUGAUGGUGAGGACCUGGAAUGCUGUGGAAUACACAAAGAUGACCCAAACUGUAUCAUGCCUAUUGAUGUACAUCCUAAUGAUCUGUUUUUUGGACAGUUUGGUGUGACUUGUCUAAAUUUUGCUAGAUCUUUCCCUAGCCCUGACCUGCAUUGUAAUUAUGAUACCCGACAACAGAUUACGGAAUAUACCAUGCCUAUUGAUGUCUCCUCAACCUACGGUUCUAAUGUUGAAGAAUAUGAAGGCCUUCGGGAAAACUCUUCAGGGCUACUAAGAGUGCAAGACCAUCCUGUUGAUAUGUUGGAAUUAAUGCCUGUGGAUCCAGAGGGUGGGGAAGAUUGCCAGCCUAAGAGAUUCCAGUGUUUCCUUUCUGGUGAUGGACGUGUAAACCAAAACGCUGGACUAAUCAUGCAACAUACUGCAUGGUUAAGGGAACAUAAUCGAAUAGCCAGAAUACUAGAAGACUUAAACCCCCAUUGGGAUGACGAAAGAUUAUUUCAGGAAGCAAGACGAAUUGUUGGUGCUCAGUUUCAACACAUUACUUACAAUGAAUACUUACCCGUCAUCCUUGGCCCAGAAAUUAUGGAACACUUCGACCUCAACCCAAUGCCACCUGGAGAGUAUUUUAAAGGCUAUGACCCAAAGGUGAUGUUGAUGAUAAGAGCCGGCUUUAUGGUGGCUGCCUUUCGUUUUGGACAUAGCAUGAUAAAUGACAAUUUUGGGUUCAGAAAAUCAGACGGAAGUAACGAAAGGAUUCCUCUGAGAAAAUUGUUGAAUAAUCCAGACGAUAUAUAUAGAGAAGAGGGGUUUGAGAGAAUUGUGAGGGGCUUAUAUGAUGAGCAUUCACAAAGUGUUGACAGAUUCAAGACAGAGGAAGUAAGCAAUCAUUUGUUUGAAGAACAUGGUAAACCAGGAACCGGAAAUGACCUCAUCUCAACUAAUAUCAACAGAGGGCGUGACCACGGCGUUCCUGGUUACAUGGAGUACAGGAGAAUGUGCAAGUUGCCCACAUCAGAUAGUUUCUGUGGCCUCACUGAUCACACAAAAGAUGUGAUUAAUCUUCUUAAGAAUGUAUAUGAACAUGUAGAAGAUAUUGACCUAUUUACUGGUGGGGUGACAGAAGAACCACUUCCGGGGGCUGUUGUUGGCCCAACAUUUGCCUGUAUUAUUGGACUUCAAUUCAAAGCUCUAAAGUUUGGUGACCGCUUUUAUUAUGAAAAUAAUGAAGAAAACACAAAAUUUACGAUUGAGCAACUUAAUGAAAUCAAGAACGUAACACUUGCUCAAGUCCUUUGCAGAAAUUCAAACAUAGGAAAAGUUCAAGUAGAUGUUUUCAAACAUAGAUCAGCUGAAGUGAAUUGUUCAUCCAUCGAAACAGACAUUGAUUUUAGUUUUUGGAAAGAUACAUUCAUACCUCAGAACUGA